AUGAGCAGCAGCAACAUCAGCAGCAUCUCACAAACCAGAAAGCCGAUCGAUCCUUGGCCAAUCUCUCUACGAAUACCCUUUCUGCCCUUCCAGGCUCUCACCCUCUCACCCAUGAAGCCGUCGGCCGGGAUCCGCGUCUAUCGAUGCAGUGAUGCGCAAGAUCCGAUGCGGGACCCUACACUAAAACCCCCCGACCCUUCCCCCUUCUGCUCGUCAACUUACCCGCUAAGGGCCAAGAUCCGCGCCGCCGCCGUCGUCGCCGCCGCUGCUCCUGCGGCCCAAAAGUCGCCUCCUCCACCCGGGAUUUCGCAGCUCUUGCGACUAGGCCACCCGGAAGGAAACCUCCUCCGGUAG